UUAGAAAGAUCGCGCCGACAUACAUUAGAAAAAGCUAGCGACGUCGCUGCUGCGCGCGAUGUGUAGUCAUUCGUGGUAGCGCAGGGCUAUUGUGACACUUGGAUCGCUUUAGUAGGCUAACAUGUCGACAGUGUAGAACAUUGUCACAUAUAUCAAAAGUAUUUGAUAUAGGCUUCCUUCAUAAUAUAGUCAGAUAUCUUUUUUUUGUUUGCUAUUAUUCGGAUACGGCAUUGAGCAACAAGUGGAGUUUGGCGUGGAGAGUUUGCGCUCCAGCCAAAAGUGUACCAGUUAUGGAAGAGCGAAUUGAUCAGAACAGCCGUGAUUCGACUGAGGGAGAGAGCGUGUCCCUCUCCCCGAAUCUACCAUCUCCUCCAAUUUUGCCCCACCAGGCAGCACAGCAGGUACAUAGAACGACAAACUUUUUUAUUGACAAUAUUCUGCGGCCAGACUUCGGCUGCAAGAAGGAGCUUGGGAGUCGGGAGCGGGCGCAGACCUCCGGCAGAGAAAACGUCAACCCCUUGGUAAUCAGGCCAUCUCACGCGAGCAGCCUUUGCCAGGAUUCCAACUGCAGUAGUGACAGUACUUCUUCGUCGUCGUCCUCGCCGUCUUCGAAACAGAGCUCGACAAAACAAGGUGAAGGGAAUGGGACUACCACAACGAGAUAUGGAGACACCGCGUCAAUAGUGGUUGUGAAUGCCAGUAAUGGAGGAUCUCCACCCGCUAAAGAAUCUACGCCGAUGUUAUGGCCUGCGUGGGUUUACUGCACGAGAUAUUCGGAUCGACCAUCAUCUGGCCCAAGGACACGGAAAUUGAAAAAGAAGAAAAAUGAGAAAGAAGACAAGCGACCCAGAACCGCGUUUACGGCUGAACAACUGCAGAGACUUAAGUCCGAGUUUCAGGCAAAUCGCUACAUAACAGAACAACGGAGACAGUCACUGGCCACAGAACUGAAUCUCAAUGAAUCCCAAAUCAAAAUUUGGUUUCAGAAUAAGAGGGCAAAAAUCAAAAAGGGGAAUGGCUACAAGAACGGCCUGGCUCUCCAACUCAUGGCCCAAGGACUGUACAACCAUUCCACAACCACGGUCCAAGAGGAGAAGGAUGAUAGCGAGUAAAUUCCCCCCUCGUGCAGGGCAAAAUAGACGCUGAACUGAAGCAGAGUGCUUGAACUCUUUUGUGAACUGAAAACGAAAGAGGUAAAUACGAUUUGACUGGGACAGAUGCUAUUUAAAACCGAUUUCUGUUUAUGAUACAGUAUAUGGACAUAAUUAUAUAAAAUAUGAACAUUAUUAAAGUUUAUAUAUAGCCAAAACAAUAUGACGUUGUAUAUAUUUAAUUUCAGGUAAGGUUAUGUCUGUAUCAAUCCCUACUUGCUGGAGAUUUAAACUUUUCUUUUUCUUAUGAUGUUGUUGGCCAUUGUUUUAGUAUAAGUGUCUGACUCAUAGAUUUUUUUGUGUGAUUUCUGUCGCCCCUCUCCCCAAUCUCUCACAAUUCUACAGACUGCGUUUCUGAACCGACGUGCCAAGCCAAAGAUUUUAAUAUGUUCAGAGAAUAUGUAGUCUGAAAUAAAUAAAAAUGUAGAAUGUGCUACAGCUUCAUUCCU